AUGGCCGGUGCAGUUGUUGGUGGAGCUUUCCUCUCUGGCUUCAUUAACAUUGUCAUUAACAAGUUCCUUACAGAGGAUGUGGCCAACAAGGUGUUUGGCAAGAAGCUUGGCCCUAACUUGGUUGAAAGGCUGAAGACUGCUCUUUUGGGUGUUGAAGGACUUGUUGCUGAUGCUGAGAUGAAGCAGUUCGGUAAUCCAUCUGUGAGGAAGUGGCUCGAUAGUCUCCGGGAUGCUGUUUACUGUGCUGAGGACUUGCUGGAUGCUGUCCUCCUCAAAGCCACCACUCAAAAGAAUGCAAGUUCUUCCUGGUCCCUUAGCUUCUUCAUCAACCGAGAUACGAAGAUGGUAGACAAGAUGGAAGUGGUGGUUAGAAGAAUUGAGGAUCUUGGAAAACAAAAAGAUUUCCUUGGUCUUGAAAAGAUUCCCACUGGUACCUCAUCAUGGAGGACUCCAUCCACUUCUCUUGUAAAAGGGACUGUGUAUGGCAGGGAGGAUGACAAGAAGGCCUUAAUCAAGAUGCUGAAUGACAACUGUGAGCAUCACUUGUCUGUGUUUGCUAUUGUUGGCAUAGGUGGGGUUGGUAAAACAACUUUAGCCCAAUGGCUGUACAACAAUGAAGGGGAGUUCAUGAAGGGAUUUGAUCUGAAAGCAUGGGUUUGCGUAUCGGAGAAGUUUGAAGUUGUUGAGACUACAAGGAAUGUCAUAAAGCAGCUACAUGGAGAUUCUUGUAGUCUCGAUGAUUUCAAUUCACUUCAAAAUGCUCUGAAAGAAGAAUUGUCCAAUAAGAAGUUCUUUAUUGUUCUGGAUGAUGUUUGGAGUGAUGAUGGUGACAAAUGGAGUAAUUUUAUGACCCCUUUCCAACAAAAUGGGAAUAAGGGAAGUAUUGUUCUUCUGACUACUCGGGAGGAAAAUGUUGCUUCCGCAGUUCAAAAUUGUCGGCCUUAUUUUCUCAAGAAGUUGUCGGAGGACUAUUGUUGGUCAGUGUUUGCAGAAAAUGCAUCUUUUCCACAAUCAAAUGGGAGAGCAGCACUUGAAGAAAUAGGCAGAAAGAUUGUCAAGAAGUGUGAUGGCUUGCCAUUAGCUGCAGAAACACUUGGUCGUUUGUUAUGUACAAAGCACGAUGUUGAGGAAUGGAACAAGAUACUAAGGAGUGAUAUUUGGGGAUUUUCUGUGCAGAAGAGUAAGAUUAUCCCAGCAUUACUGAUAAGUUACUUCCAUCUUCCUCCACAUUUAAAGGGUUGUUUUGUUUACUGUGCUUUAUAUUCCAAAGAUCAUAAAUUUGAGAAAGAUGAUCUAAUCCUUUUGUGGAUGGCAGAAGAUCUUUUACCACCACCAAAAAGAGGAGAGAGUUUAGAAGAAGUUGGUUGUGAAUGUUUUGAUGAACUUACUUCUAGAUUAUUUUUCACAAAGAAUGAAGACUUUGGUGAUUAUUUUGUGAUGCAUGAUCUCUUGCAUGACUUAGCAAUAUUCCUUGCUGGAGAUUUCUAUUGCAACUCAAAAGAACUUGGUAAAGAGGAGGAGAUAAAGAUUCAGACUCGGUAUUUAUGUGUAGAUUUACGUCAUUGCAGCUCAAAACUUUAUAAUUCUAUUUCUAAAGUAAAAUCUUUGAGAACAUUAUUAUUGUUUGACGGUUUCUCAUCUCCCAACUGCAACAUUGAAGCCGCAACACGUGAGAUAUUAUCAAAAUGUAAAUAUUUGAGAGUUUUAUCCUUUGAUAAAGUUGAUGUGUUGCCUAAUUCAACAGGAGAAUUGAUCCAUCUGCGCCACCUGGAUCUCUCUUUUACUGAAAUAGAGACAUUACCCGAGUCUUUGUGCAGCUUGUGUAAUUUGCAAACAUUGAAGUUGUAUCAAUGUUCUGAGCUAACUAGGCUGCCUAGUGGUUUGCAUAAUCUUGUGAGUCUCCGGCAUCUUGAUAUUAGAGGAACUUCUUUGGAAGAAAUGCCCAGAAAAAUGAGCAAAUUGAAUCAGUUGCACGUUUUACGUUCCUUUGUCAUCGGCAAGCACGAAGACAAUGGAAUCCAGGAGUUAGGAGGGCUGGUAAAUCUUCAUGGAUCCCUUGAGAUUAAGAAGUUGGAGAAUAUUGUUGAUGUGAAAGAAGCAAAGAGCGCAAAGAUAAUGGAUAAGAAGCACAUUGAUGAAUUAUGGUUGGAAUGGUCUUCAGGUGAUGAUUUGGUUUCAAGCACAGAAAAGGAAAGAGACAUGCUCGAUAACUUGCAACCACACAAUGGGUUGAAGGAGUUGAGAAUCAAGGGAUACAAGGGUACAAUAUUUCCAGAUUGGUUGGGGCGCUGUUCCUACAACAAUAUGACAAGUGUAUAUCUAGAGUCUUGCAAGAAUUGCUGCAUGCUGCCUUCACUUGGACAGCUGCCAUCUCUCAAGUUGCUGCGCAUUCGAGGUUUCAAUCAGCUGAGGAGUAUUGGCGAGGAGUUUUACAAGAAUGAAGGAGAUCAUCAUCAUUCGUUGCAUAUUGCAUCGUUUCCCUCACUGGAGAGUUUGAAGUUUCAUAACAUGCCACGAUGGGAGGUGUGGCACGUAUCUGAGUCGGAAGCUUUUCCUCAACUUAGGGAGCUUGAAAUAACAAGUUGCCCAAUGUUGAAGGAAGAGAUGCUUAAUCUGGUACUCCUCAGAAUCGUUUUUUCUUUGUCGGAUGUUUCCAAAGAUCGCAAACUACGUAUAAUCAAUAGUGAAUGGCGCAGCGAGGCCAUGUAUCUUGAUGGGGAUACUUUAACAAUUAGGGGACGUGAAUCUGUGGAGGAGUCUGCAUUUAAGGCAAUGAUCAGCAUGAACCAUCUAAGUUGCCUCCAACAAAUACACAUCUCGAGCUGUGAUUCACUGACCUCCUUGUCGUUGGAUGUAUUUCCGAAUCUCAAGAAUCUCCGGAUAGAAGGGUGUAGGAAUCUGGAAUCAGUGUCAAUGUCAGAGGCACCACAUGCUGCUCUUCAACGCCUCUCCAUCUCUGAAUGUCCUGAAUUAGUGUUAUUUGCAGGAGAAGGACUGGCUGCACCCAACUUGACUCAUCUCAGCAUCACACAUUGCCACAAGUUGGAGGCAUUACCACGUGACAUGAAUAGUCUACUCCCAAGUUUACACUCUCUCCAGAUAUAUAGUUGCUCAGACAUGUGCAGGUUGGCAGAGGGUGAUUUGCCGCCUAACUUGAAAGAACUUGAAGUGGGAAUUUGCGAGCAACAAAUAAGGGAUCUAUCAUGGAUGCCCAACUUCCACACCCUCACUCAUCUUACUAUUUAUGGUUAUGGGUGUAAGAACAUAAAGUCAUACCCACAGGUGGGUUCGCUGCCUCACCUUCCCUCCGUUACCACUCUCAAUAUAUGCUGCUUCAAGAAUCUGGAGACAUUGGAGUGCAAUGAGCUUCUCCGCCUCACCUCCCUUCAACACUUGCACAUUUAUGACUGCGAGAAGCUGGAGAAUAUGGAAGGAGAAAGGCUGCCUCCCUCGCUCUUGCUACUUCAACUUUCAUGGUGUCGUUGCAGAAUAUGGCAGGAGAAAAGCUUCCUUCCUUUCACUUACUACUUGAAAUUCAAGACUGUCCUUUGCUCGGUGAAUGCUACAAGAAGAAUAGUUGCAGCUAAACUCUCUAUGAAGAUUUUCCAGGGGCCUGAAGAGAUACAUAACUGCUACGGUCAAGGAAUUGCUUUCUUUAUGGAUUCAACCAAUAAAAUGUGCAUUAGACGCACCUCUUCUGUGGCAAUUGCAACUUGGGGAGCAUGUAGUUCUGUUUUUGAAGUUAAAAAGGAGUGCAACAAUGUUGAAGACAUCAUUCUGCAUUUAUCAAGCAGGUUCUGA